AUGGUCCUCAUGGGAAUGAAUAAAGGCGACGUGGACGCUAUGGUGAAAGACGUGUUCGAGCCUGCACGUCAGAAGUACUUCACCAUUAUUACAAAGAGUUCUCAAGGAAAACAAAACUGUACAUUUGGAUAUCUUGUCGGAAAUUCGCUGACGUUUGCUGAUCUCUACGUGGCCGAGAUGACCACUUUCUUGGAGAAGCACCCACAGCUCUACGACGGCUUCCCAGAGAUGAAAGCUCACGCUGAAAGGUCCGCUCGACCCCGAAACUGA